CCAAACUGCACCCACGAUGGCUAAGAAUUGGGGAAAGCAGACGCUCGCUGAGCUUCCACGACCUCGUAAUGUUUCAACAUACCGACCUUCCCUUCGGGGCGUCGUCUUCUUAUUAGCGAUAUGGUACCUCCUACACAAUUACUUCAUCGACCGCGCACAACUUCUGUUCUCCAAGCCUCCCAUCAACACAGAGCCAAGAUGUCCACAAGUCGAACCGUUACACCCAUCAAAGUCUACGCAAGAGUUAGAUUCCAUGGAAGACUAUCUCCAAUCAGACGAGUUUCGCAACAAAUCCAUUGAGCGUCUCGCGGGCGCUGUUCGCGUCCCUACGCAGUCGUUCGACGACCUCAGCGACGUCGGCGUGGAUCCGCGUUGGGACAUUUUCUACUCCUUCGCAGACUACCUGUCGAAGACUUUCCCUCUCGUGCACAAUACGCUGCAGCUUGAGAAGAUUAAUACCCAUGCGCUGCUGUAUACGUGGCCGGGCUCUGAUCCGUCUUUGAAGCCCACGCUGCUUAUGGCACAUCAGGAUGUUGUGCCUGUACCGGAUAGUACUGUGAGCCAGUGGACGCAUCCGCCGUUCUCGGGGUAUUAUGAUGGCACGUUUGUGUGGGGACGGGGUGCGAGUGAUUGUAAGAACCAGCUCAUUGGGAUUCUAGAAGCUGUGGAGGCGCUUAUCGAAGCUGGCUUCUCUCCUCGCCGCACGCUGGUUCUAAGCUUCGGUUUCGACGAGGAGAUUUCAGGGCAGGAGGGGGCGAAUCAUCUCGCGCCGUUCCUGCAGAAGAGAUACGGGCAUAACGGCGUCGCGGUCAUCGUAGACGAGGGCGCCGUCAACGUGGAGAGCUGGGGCAUGGAUUGGGCAAUCCCAGGCGUCGCUGAGAAGGGCGCCGUCGACGUCGAUAUCGUGGUGCGCAUGCCGGGCGGGCACUCGAGUAUCCCGCCGAAGCACAAUGGGAUUGGAGUCGCGAGCGAACUUAUCACGCUCAUCGAGGCGAAUCCGUACGAGCCGCUGCUGGACGAAGAGAACCCGUAUCUCGAACUCCUCUACUGCGGCGCUGAGCACGCAGCAAACUUCCCCUCCAAGCUCAAGCACCUCCUCCACAAGCGAAGCCAACAGUCGUCAGGGACCUGCAAGAAGUCCCACUGCAAAGACCACCUCGCCGUCGAAGCAGCAAAAGCCGGCCCAGAGGUCAAAUACCUCUUCACUACUUCCGUAGCCGUCGACAUCAUCUCCGGCGGCAUCAAAACCAACGCGCUACCGGAGCGCACGCACUUCACAGUCAACCACCGCAUCAACAUCGGCUCCAGCACAAAAGAAAUAAUGUCGCACAUCGCCUCCCUCGCCGCGCAAAUAGCUUCCAGGUACAACCUCACACUAACCCCUUUCAACGGCACCGAGAGCCCGAAUUCCAUCACUCUCAGCGCACGCGACACGCUCCUCGAGCCCGCCCCCAUCACGCCCACCACAACCAACCGCAACGCAAAGAAAGCCUCCCCCUUCUCCGUUCUUUCCGGGACCACACGCGCCCUGUACGGCAAAGAGCUGUUAGUCGCACCGGGCAUCAUGACGGGCAACACCGAUACGCGGUAUUAUUGGGGCGUGAGCGAGCACAUUUUUCGGUAUGGACCGGGCUGGGAUAAGCAGCAGAAGGGCCUGGGAAAUAUUCAUACGGUGGAUGAGAGGGUAGGCGUGCGGGCGCAUGUGGAUACCGUGAGGUGGAUGUGGGGGUUUGUGAGGAAUAUGGAUGAGGCUGACUUUUGAGGGAACAAGUGAGGAACGCGUAAUUAGGGGGUGGAGUUGGAGCAAUGGCGUGUAGGUCAUCAAGAAACGCUUUCGAUCUGGUCCGACGAGGGUCUCAAUUGGGAUUCUAAGACGUAUCUCCCGGUCCGCUAUCACCAGAAGAACCAAUCAAUCCGCUAGCUCUGAGGCCUAGUAGGGUUUUAUGUUCGAUAGUUCAGGCUCUUUCUGUCAGAACAAAGGAUCGAGGGGAUCUCGUGAUUGAACAGGG